AUGGCAGACCAAACACUGAGGAGAGCCAUGAUGGAGAAAUUUGAGAGCCUGCCACUGCAGCAUUUCUUCACCCAUCACAAGGAACAAAGAAGCCAAAAUUUAGUAUUGGAGUGUGACAAUAACUGCAAUAAACAUGGUUAACCUGUGCUGCCUCCCCUCCAGAGCUGAAGUGGAUGCAGGUUGGCCUGGAUUCCUCAGAAGUCAGAUUUCCCCAUUCUCAAACCACCCACCAGCUCUGGGCUUCCCGAGCUCCUGAUGGGGAACUGCACAAGAAAGAAGCUAGUCCAGACUGGUGUCUGGACCAAUUCCUGUGAAAGCCCAACAGUUUCUGCUUUUGCUCCCUGUCAGCUGAGACACCCAGCUAAAAACUCAUGCUCUCCCUUCCAGCCAGGGACAUCUUCCCCAAAAUGCUGUAGAAUCCUGGACUGUAAAGGGGGUCAAUAUCUGUAAGGCUUUGGCCAACUGCUGAGAGACAGAACAGCCAGGGACAACGCUGUGUAAACUGCUUAGGGUGAUCUUAAGCACUGCUUAAUAUAGAUUGUUGUGUGAGCUGUGCCA